CUUGUCAGCUCGUUGUUUUCCCAAUAAAUUAGAGGCUCCUGAGACCUGACGCGCUCAGGUGAAGGCUUGGCACAGACACGGCGACUUAAAAACGCACCAUCUUCACUUACUGUGCCCGUUUCACAGCCUGCACCAUAUUUUUCUUUUGCCAACUGGAACUGAUCAUCUGUGCUGGUGUAGGAGAUCUCCUCUGCCUUCAUGCGUGCUUUUCCAAGAAAGCAUUUCUACAGAAAAGUUGCGCAAAGAGGUUUUUGUAUGGAAAAUGAAGAUAAAAUGUUAAAGGAUUAAAAAGGUCAAUGAGGUCAGUGUUUUAUUGUUUCUAUGCGUAGUGCAAUUAACCGAACAAUUGUCUAUUUUUGUGACGACUAUGAAAGAUAGAAGUUUCGUAAAUUAACAUUUUUUUGUGAUUUUAUUUUGUGUUUUCUGUGUGUGGUUAUUGGUAUGAUUGAUAUUCCUCUAAUUUUGGUAGAUAGUGGGUUAUAGAUAGAUUAAUUCUAAUAUCAAGUAAGAGAUCUUGUAUCGGCUAUUAAAGCCAUUUUUUCUUUUACACGAUAGAGGAAGCAGUGAGGUUCAGCUUGUGAUCAGGCCAAACAGAAAAUCUUGCGAAGUAGAACAGAAAAUCUAUAGAAAUGUAGAAAAGUAUAAACUCACUUAUGGUCGUUAUUAGGAAAAAUGAUUAUCUUUGUACUUUCUAGGUUCGGAAUUGAUUUCUGCUGGAUGGAACUGGAUGUGUGAUAAUUAUGGAUGACAGUCCCACAUCCAGCCCGAGCUCCAGCCCGAGUCCCGACGCGUUACCUUCAGACAGGAGACGCGGGCGCGUGCUGUCUGCCGGCAGCGGUCUCGGGACCAGGGGGCGACCGGCGGCGGCGAACGCAGCGCGCGAGCGGAGUCGCGUUCAGACCCUCAGGCACGCGUUUCUGGAGCUCCAGAGGACCCUGCCAUCAGUACCUCCAGACACGAAACUGUCCAAACUCGACGUGCUCAUAUUAGCCACUACGUACAUCGCUCAUCUCACCAAAACCCUGCAGGAAGAAGGCAUGGAAGAAGGAGACAACACAAAACGGAGCGAAGCGUUAAAUUCCCUCAAAGGCGGCGGUUACCUGCAUCCCGUCAAAAAAUGGCCCAUGCGCUCGAGGUUGUAUAUUGGUGCCAGUGGCCAGUUCCUGAGUAACUCCAGCCAGAAUGAAAAUCAAGGAGCAUCAUCAUCAUCAUCUCAGACAUAAUCCCUUUUGCACACAAGACUUUCUUUUGAUUCAAAUCAAGCUUUCAAUGGUCAUUUCAGGAUGUUUGCAGAGCCAAACAUGUGGACCACGUCCAGUUAUAAACAUUCUGUUAAAUCUACUAUUAUUUCCUUUAAUUUUUUCGCCACCAAUUUCAUAUUGAAAUGAGUACAAAUGUUAACACACGACUGCAUGAUAAUUGUGUCGCUGAAUUGUUUAACUUACAUGUUAUUUGAACUAAUUGUUUGUCAUUUUGUAAAUAAUUUGUAGAUAUUAUUUCCCAGUGAUUUUUUUGUUUUACUGAACAUAUAAGCGACUCUACUCAAUGUCUCAGAGUCUUUUAGAGGUUUUGUGUAGCUAUGUCGGGAUAAUGAGCUGUCAUGCUUGACUUGUCGGCUAUGCACUUUCAGUUAAAGCAUUUGCACUAAAUGCAUGUGUGAAUAACGUAACAUUUGUCAAAUGAAGAGGUCUGUCAGGACCACAACAAUGGUGUGGAUUAAGUCUAGCAGAAACUUUGCUUUUCCUUUCAUGGUGUCGGUGUGUUUGUGAAUUGACUAAUAAAAAAUAAUUUAAAA